AAAAUUAUGUACUAUUAAAGAACAUGGUUCGAAUGCGUAACAUAACGUACACUUAGACUAAAAAUGUCGAGUUGAACAUUACAAACUGGAACCGUCCGCGAAAACGGAUCUUUUUUAAAAGCUUGAAUAUGUUUUCCGACAAUGUUUAAAUAAUGCUAUUACCAGUCAUAACUUUGGACACACCUUUUCCUUCAUUGGUUUUUCUUUAUUUUUUAUUAUUUUCAGCAUUGUGCGUUAAUACUGAAGACAUCCAAACUAGGAAAGAACACGAAUGGAAUUACGUAGUAAACAAAAAAGUGUUAUACACCAAAUAUAUUUUAUAUUUUAGAUUGUCCUAAGUAACUACAUUUAGCUUUGAUGACAGCUUGGCAUUCUAUCAUCAGAUUCACGAGGUAGUCAGCUGGACUGGUUUUCAAUUGACAAGAGUACCAAUACCUCAAUAGCCCUAUUAAUGCUACUAUAGUUACUGUACAAAUCCAUAUUAUGGCAGGAAACAGUCAGUUACGUAAAGAGACAGUCGAGGGAAAAAGACUGUCCAUCAUUCCUUUAAGAAAUGAAAGUCAGUCAAUACAAAAAAUCUCAAGAACUUUGAAUGUAUCCCCAAAACCAUCAAACACUAUAAUGAAACUGGUUCUCAUGAGAACCGUCCCAGGAAAGGACAACCAAGAGCUACCUUUGCUGCAGACGUUUAUUACAAUAAACAGCCUCAGAGCACACCUGUUUCCAGCACCUCAGAUUACAGCCCACAUAAAUGCUGCUAAAAGUGGUAGAUGUAUUUCAACAUCCGCUGUUCAGAGGAGACUGCGUUAGUCAUGGUCGAAUUGGAAGGGACAUGAGAUCAGUGGAAAACUGUCCUUUGGUCUGAUGAGUCAAAUUUGACAAGUACCUGCCUCUGAAGCUACCAAUUUACACAUGCCGAGAAGGACAAUCACCUGAUCUAAAUCCAGCUGAGAUGAUUUGGGAUGAGUUGGACCGGAGAGUGAAGGAAAUACAACUAACAAGUACUCCAACACAUCUGAGAACUCCUCAAGAUUGCUGGAAAACUAUUCCAGGAAAUUUAACGCUGGUCAAGUUUUACUUACAUAUCCGCUAUCUUACAAUGUCUACGAAAACAUGGCCUCCUGGUACACAGUGUGUCGCCAAAUGUGACCACACGAAACCUAAACCUAAUGAAGUCUUCUAUCACAAAGGAGACAUCCUUACCAUUUUAGGUUUGGAUUUGUUAAUGGGGAAGUCCAUCUACCAGGCCAAACACAACAGGACAGGUGAAGAAGGUCUGAUCUUUGCUUCUAACAUGCGAGAACGUGAAGCCCUGCGUAUAGACCCGAGUCUCAGCCUCAUGCCAUGGUUCCAUGGGAAGAUCUCAGGUCCAGAGGCUGUCAGCAGACUGCAGCCGAUGGAGGAUGGACUGUUUCUGGUGCGUGAAUCUAUUCGACACCCAGGUGACUACGUCCUGUGUGUAAGCUUUAAGCAAGAGGUCCUCCACUACCAUGUCAUCUACCAGGAAUCCAAACUGACUAUUGACAAAACGCAGUACUUCUACAACCUCAUCGACAUGGUGGAGUUCUACUCGAAGACGAAAGGAAUUAUUGCUACUACACUUCAGAAACCUAAAGUGAAAGAGGGAACUAAGUCAGCGGCACUGCAACUGUCAAAAACGGGCUGGCUAUUAGAUCUCUCAAAGCUAACUUUGGGAGAAAAUAUUGGAAAUGGCGAAUUUGGAGCUGUAUUUCAGGGUGAGUACAUGGGCAGGAAGGUGGCAGUGAAAAACAUAAAGUCUGAUGUAACUGCUCAAGCUUUCUUGGAUGAAACUUCUGUUAUGACGAAACUGCAGCACAGUAAUCUGGUGCAGUUAUUAGGAGUGAUUCUACACAAUGGCCUCUAUAUCAUCACAGAAUUUAUGGCAAAGGGCAAUCUGGUGAACUACCUGCGCUCACGAGGACGCUCCGUUAUUACCACAGUCGAACUACUGCAAUAUGCUCUAGAUGUGUGUAAAGGGAUGGAAUAUCUGGAGUCUAAGAAACUCGUACACCGGGACCUGGCUGCACGUAACAUCCUUAUAUCUGAAGACAAUGUUGCCAAGAUCAGCGAUUUUGGCCUGGCCAGGGACGACUGUCAGAGCAUUGACAGUACAAAGUUACCUGUGAAAUGGACUGCACCGGAGGCCUUAAACAACAAGAAAUUCUCCACAAAGUCAGACGUUUGGAGUUACGGUGUGCUUCUAUGGGAAACCUUCUCGUUUGGCAGACAGCCCUACCCCAAGAUGAGUCUGAAGGAGGUAAAGGAGCAGGUGGAAGGGGGAUAUCGUAUGGAGCCACCUGAAAACUGUCCAUCUGAGAUGUAUGCCAUCAUGAGGCUCUGCUGGGACAAAGACCCCAAAAUGAGACCGGCGUUCCAUAAGCUCAAAGAGCUUCUCCAUGCUGAGCUGAACAAACCUGAGUCUGCCAGAAAGUCCUAACAUCAUUUUCUCCAUUCGAACAUCUGCUUUUUUCAUAGAAGACCAGACAUUUUAUUCACAAAUAAUUACACUAUACUGUGUUGGAGACAGUAACAACACUCCUGCUGUAAACCUUUUCACCAAGUUUUGACACAGAAUGUACUCAAUAUUUCACUUACUAAUUUAUUUUUAUUUAUCAAACACUUUAUUUCAAAAGAACAUUCUCCAAUGGAUGUGUAAUCUACUUAGGUGAGGAUGCAGACCCCAAAGCAAAGGAAGAAUGAAGCUCUUGUUUAUGGUUUGAAAGCUGGCAGACCUGAAACGGAAGUUAUAAAAUGUUGCUAUAGACUGUGGAUAUAUGCAAGGUAUAUGUCCUGAGGCUCAACUCAGAGGUCCGAAUUGAACAGCAACCCUUUGAGAAAUUUGUGGAGAAGAAUCUCUCUUUAAUCUACACAUCACAAGACUCACUGAGUGACAGAAUUUCUCUAAGAUCAUUCAUUCGCCUUUCUGUCUUCAGAGGAUAAAUGUAAACAGCAGAAAUGUAAGAGGAGAUAGAGACUCUUCUGGGGAUUAAAAUUCAAGAUCACGAGUAUCUGCUUGUUUCAUGUUGUAAUUGUCUUGGAAUAUGCUGAGCUUAACACGACAAAUCUGGAAUGUUAUUACUGAUGUAAGAAAGGAAUUAUACUCACUGAGGUUUGUCCAUGCCAAACCUUAGAAUAACAUCAUGAGAUUGCACCUAUGCACCACUGAAAGCCUUGUUCAUUCACCAGACACCAAGGUAUUGUCAGCUCAUAUGAUUAUUACAGUUUUAACAACUUUUUUUUUUUUUAAACAUUUAUUCAUUUGACAGAUGUCUUUAUCCGACUUAUAUGUGAGGUAAAAUCCAAUCAUAGACCUAUUAAAGUGCUGCAAGACUUGAGUUUCCACCUACUGUGCAAAAACAAAUGUAAAAUAAUUAUACAAGGAACACAAAACUCAAAUGGUACUUGAACAUUAUUCCAAAAGAAAUGAGUCAAACUAUCACUGGAGCAAUUGGUUUAGGUUCAAGAGGGCUAACUUGCAAUACUUACUUACUUACUAGUAGGCAAUAAUAAUAAAAGUGACUGAUAGGUAACCAUCAAAAAUAUAGGACAACAAUUACAUAAAACAAUACCAGAUUUCCUUUGUGUUUCUUUUAAGCCUCAAACAGUUUGCUAGAACAUUUUAAACAUAAACAUUCAGAAAAUCAAUGGAAUUUCCCAGAAAUUGCUGUGAUUUGGAGGAAGUGUCUUUUAAUAAGGCACUUCCACCAUGACGUGCACAAUGUCCAAGAUAAUAUACAGUGUAGUUAUGCUAAUAACAACAAUUCAAUUUAUAUGGCACCUCCAUAGUGUCGAAACUUUAAGUUACUAUUAACCUUACUAUUCUAAUUUUAAAUAAAUGGAAUGAGUCUCCAGUGUUUGUGCUUGACGUUAAAGUUGUAUCUUUGUUUACUAGCAUGUGAAAAUCUAACUCUUAUUAACUAUGAAGAGAGCCCUUGUUUUUUCAUAUGAUGAAACACUGUAUACUAUCAGAGUAUAAUAUUUAUAUUUGCAGUAUAACCCCCCCUUCUACUCUCCC